GAUUGUUCCCGUCGCAAACGGCACAAACCAUCGAUGUGAAGCAAUCGCCACUCUAUAUAACAUACCUCACAGUCGCUUGCUAGUUGAGAACACUCAUAUUGUUGUCGCAGCAGCGAGGCGACAUACACCUAUCUACCAGCUACGUGCUAGACCACCGAACUGUUAUCCUGUCGCCUGUCUUCGUUUCACAAUCAGCUUGGUCUACGACUACGACGGCGACCUUCACACGCAUUCCACUCAUACUACCCUCGCACUAGCCACUCCUCACCAUGAAUGAAUCAAUUCAAUUCGAGGAUGCGGCGAAAAUUGAGGUUCCGACUACCCCUCAACCCCACCAUGCGACGCUGCCAUCGGACUCAGAUAUCGCAAAAGCUACCACCGGAUCACCAACGACUUCUAUGCUAGUCGCCAACCCAAGCUCACCUCCGACCUCUUUCAAUGCAAGCAGUGUACCGGUGCCUGCCCCGAGCGUUGAGCGACCAAAGUAUAGCUCUCCGCCUCCUCAAUCCUCCAUUACGCCUCCUCCGUCAUCACAACCUCCAAAGCGUCGAUCGCCAAGCUCUACCUUUGACCGCGAUACGACUCCAACUCAUGCCAUAUUCUCUUCACCACCGCCAACUGUCUCGUAUGACAGUAAACGAGGGGCCGGCAGGCCAUUGCCUAUCCCAGCGAGCCAUGUAGCCAAUGCAUCUGUUACCGAACUGCGUGAUUCGCUUGAGGCGGCGCUCAAUGAGAACUCAAGGCUAGAUGGGGAGGUCCACGAAGCCCGUAUGGCGGCUGCGCAUUAUAAAUUGCAGCAUAGUCUUCUAGUAAUUGAGACAGAGGAGGCAACAAAGCGCAUGGAGGUAGAGCACGAGAUGACUAGACGCGAAGUGGAGAUUCUGCAGGCUACUGAGUUGGCUCGCCGAGAAGCAUCAUCUCAGCCCCCAGAGCAGCCUUCAGCCAACGCUCGAUAUAUUGCCGAGAUGAAGGCAUACUGUGAAUCCAUGGAAAAGGAGAACGCGCUCAUUAACCGACGACUCAACCGCGCCAAGGCAAUCAUCGCAGAGAAGGAAGAGGAUAUCAGCGACCUUUUGUCCGAAAAUCACCGCUACGUUGGACGCAUCCGCGAGAACCGCGAGCAUAUGCGCCUUCUCAGGUCACCAGGGGGUCUCUAUGCGCCUGCCACCACACCACGGACUCAAUCGCAAAACUUCCCAACUACCCCACAAUACACUCGGCCUACGCCAAAACACACCCCGCACUCGAUCCAUCAGCACGACAGCCAAGACUCCUUCGCGACUCUCCUACUUGCCGACCGCGUUCUUAACGACCAAAACUCCGCACCUUCAACACCGACCAGCACACGUUUUACGCACAAGGGUAAUAGCCACGUGAAGCAUAGCAGAAACGUGCAAUCCCUAUCAUCUCUCCCUUCAACGCCCGUGCGAAACUUGAAUCAAUCGCAGCACCUCCUUCCUUCGGUCCAAUUCGUCCCCCAGUCUGAGCCGCGUUACCGCACAAACCAAGAUUUCUUCUCGCCUGCGCAGCCCCCACGCACGGCGCUCCCCCAUGGCCGCACUGAAAAGCGCCGAAAGAGUCGCGACUCAACUAUCUCAGCUUCGGAUGCCGAAGAGCUAGCAUCUUAUGGCCACCCACAACCGCAUCCGUCGCAGGAGACUAGACAUAGCGAUGACACGGAAGAACAAGAGAGCGAUGAUGUCCAGGAGAGCCAGGCAAGUGCUGCUGCGUCAGCUAUGCUGCGCCGCGACCCGAGGGAGAGCUUUGAGGUUGCUGCGAGCCCAGGGUUGAAUGAGGCGACAGAAAAGGGGGCACUGUUACAGGCGAAGAUUUUUGGAAGCGUGACGAAGGGUGCGAGUGUGCCGAAGAGGAAGAGGUUGCCCGAUGAUGAGGAGGUGAGAGCUAAGAAGUUAAGGAUGGCGGCGGGAGAAGGAGUCGGGUUGGGGAUUUAUGGGGCAUAAAUCUCGGGUUGUUAUGAGCAAAUGUAUCGCUAUGCGGAGUAUGGGCUUCAAUGGUUGAAUGAAUGGUUUACGAUCUAUGGAUGAAGGUAGGGGAACGGAGGCAUGGAUUAUUGUUUUUUGGUUGUUUGGGUUGCAAGUAUCAAUAUUGCCUAGGAUGUGUAUGUUAGAGGCUUGCUUUAUAUUAUUAGCCACUCUGAGCUUGCAUUGUAUGUUUCAAAACUGGCUCUUGCAAGCAAUGAAACGGGCAUUCAGCAAUUAAUUCUAUCAUGAUUAUAAAACAUUAUCAUCUUUC